AUGGCGGACAGAGGACCCGGGGACCCGCCACAGGACUCUCAAAAGGAUUUGGAAAAUGACCCAUCAAUAAAUUUGCAGGCACAGGAGACCACAGUCACUGCAAGUACCACCAAAGAAGCUCAGGUCCUGAGCCCCGCCUCUGGUCUCAGCAAGGACCACCAAGAAGUAGAAACAAUAGGUUCAGGAAGUGCAGAAACAAGUGACCAAUCAGAAAGUCCAGAUGAAGCAAGUUGUGGGAACCAUCCGAAGGAUAAAACAGAACCCGAGACCAACCAAAGUUUUCAGGGUGGCAACCUAGGGCGUCAGCCCUCCUCAGAAAGUCUGAGUAAAGAAUCCUUGCAGCCUGAAAGUCUGGGUGAGGAAUCCUUGCAUCUAGAACCCAGCUGUUGUCCAAGUGAAGAGGGAGGAAGAGCAGAUGCACAAUCAGGGAGCAGCUCCGUAGACCUCCCUGAGGAAGCGAGCCACAGACCUGAGGCUUCACAGGAGCCACUGGCCGUAGACCCCCAGGGUGUCCGGGGUCCUGGUCAUUCCGGUGCCGGACCGGAGAGCCAGGGGACACGGAGGAGGCGACUGGUGGAACCAGAAGCUGAAAGUCAUCAACAGGAAAUACAAACAGAAGAAAAUAAAGAGGAUGCACAGGACGCAAUAAAGAGCAAUAAAAAGGAUUUUUGGAGCUAUGGUCCCGUCGUUUUUGUCUUCCUGGUGAUUCUGGUUCUGCUGAGCUCUGCUCAGAGCUACUACUCCUCCCCGGCCCAGCAGGUGCCCGGGAACCCGGCGCUGGAGGCCUUCCUGGCGCAGUUCAGCCAGCUGCAGGACGCCUUCCCGGGCCAGAGCGCCUUCCUGUGGCAGCGGGGCCGCAAGUUCCUGCAGAAGCACCUCAACGCCUCCCGCCCCACCGAGCCCGCCACCAUCAUCUUCACGGCCGCGCGGGAGGCGAGGGAGACCCUGCGCUGCCUGAGCCACCGCGUGGCGGACGCCUACACCUCCGCCCAGAAGGUCCCCGCCAUCCAGAUCGACGGCGCCGGCAGGGCCCGCGAGGACAGCGACACGGUCAAGCUGCUGGUGGACAUGCAGCUGAGCUCCGGGUUCGAGGACGGCCGGAAGGCGGCCGUGGUGCACCGCUUCGAGUCCCUGCCCGCGGGCUCCACGCUCAUCUUCUACAAGUACUGCGACCACGAGAACGCCGCCUUCAAGGACGUGGCGCUGGUGCUGACGGUGCUGCUGGAGGAGGACCGCCUGGCCGCCGGCGUGGGCCCCCGCGAGACCGAGGAGAAGGUGCGCGACCUGCUCUGGGCCCGCUUCACCGACGCCGACACGCCCGCCUCCUUCAACCGCAUGGACUCGGACAAGCUGAGCGGGCUCUGGAGCCGCAUCUCCCACCUGGUGCUGCCCGUGCAGCCCGUGCGCGCCAUCGAGGAGCAGGGCUGCCGGCUCUGA